ACCGGUCCGCGGCCCGGGGGUUGGGGACCACUGCUUUAAAGUACAAACCACAGGAAAAUAGCAAUAUAAAUUAUCUUAUUAUUUAUGAUCUUUCCAUGAUGACAGUUGCCUUACCUGCCUCCCCUGACCGCAGGUCACUGAACUGUUUCCCCACAGUGAAAAUGUGGUUUGUAAUAAAAUGGAACAAACCACAAGAAAGCUCUGAAGUUGCAGGAUGCUUCUGCUAAACAGUAACCAUAGAGACAAUAUAAGGAAGAAAUUGUCAACCAAAUGAGAAAAACAGUAAUGGACCUUAAAUAUCUUAUGUAGUAGCUUGUAAUCUUUCUGUCAGUAUGUUUAAAUUCCCAACAGUUUUCAGUUAUAAAUAUUUAUUAUUGACAAUAAUAAACAAAUACUCAUCUGAAAGUGUUGAUUAGCUCUACUCAAAAGGUGUCAGCCCAGGACUCUGACAUUUGUUGUUCUGAGGAUUUUUGUUGCAUUAUCAACCUAUAGGUGGCAGUGAGUUGAAAAUUAAUCAGUACCUCCAGCAGUCUGCAACACACAGCAACCACUAUUAAAACUGUCUUAAUUUAGCAAAAUGCUUCAGGAGUAGAUUAUUAACUGGAGAAUAAAGAAUAGAUUGUAUGAUUUUCAGUACUGAGCACUGGCUCUUUAUUCUGAAUGCUGAAUACACUAAUUUUACAGAGUGAGAGUUCACAGUUUGUGUCUCAGUUAUAACAUCUGAUGGAAAAGAAACUUUUGACAGACUACUAUAAUUAAGAAUAUUAAGUUCUCUGCAUCUUACUAUUACUAUAAGCAAAAUUUAAAAAACAAAAAUCUACAAAUAAGUCAAACUUUUUCAGCGAUAAAACAAGUGAUAAAUAAAAGGAAAGUUGAUUUCAAAAACAAACACUGAAAGAGACUGUAGAAAAACUGCAGAAAAUGAAACUGGGUCAAACAUAACUGGUUCAUGCAAAGAUACAGGAAGAAAUGUUUAAAACUGGUUCCCCACCACGGGUGUGGCAGACCAUGACAAAAUGUGAGAAAUGUCAACUACAAUAAAAGAUAAUGGUGAAAAAAAAAAGUUUUUCUCAGAUGAAGAGAAUAUUUUCUUUCCCAGAUCUGACCAAUCAUGUUCGAACUGCUGAACCUUCUUCUGUUGGCAGAAUUGUCAUUAAGAAAACCUACCAAUUCAAAGAAGUCCUUGCUUCAGAUGUCCUGUAGUCUCACCUCUGACCUCUGUGUUAGUGACGACAUUACAGAUUAGCUUGUCAUUGAUAAUGAACAAACUUGAUCAUUAUCAAUGCAUACAAGCAGAGACAAUGAAUAGAGGAUGCUGUUGUCACCCAGCCCUUAUUCAUAUCAUUACUAUCCACAUGAUGAUAAAUGUAAUAAAUGUGCAAUAGCACUCUUCUUGGAUUAUUCAUCUGCAUGUAAUACAAUCCAAGUGGAUAUCUCAGUAAAACAAAAAUGAUGGAAAAGGAAAUAAAUUAAUUUUAGAUUCACUGAUAUGCCUCUUUCAUAGAAACAGAAACUUAAUUCAACCAUCUGCUGUCAACCAAUGCUGGGACUUCCUGGGAAAUUAAAUGUUCAGCUUCUUUGUUCAUGUUUUAUGAAGAUGAAAACAUCUUCAUAAAAUGUUUAUGAAGGCAUAAACAUUUUAUGCCUUUAUAAAAGGCAUAAAUGUCUUUUAUGAAGGCAUAAAAGGCAUUUUAUGCCUUUUAUGUAUAAAAAAGGCAUAAAAGUCUGUUUUAUUGAGGUUCUCUUAAUAUAUAUACAGUAUAUGUAUAUACUGUAUAUAUGUAUAUAUAUUCAGUGUUUUGAUUUUGAAAUAUUUAAUUGCAUGCGGACUUAGAUUGAAUGACCGAUAGAUCACAGGUACUGCAGCAUGUUUUGUGAGUCACCAAACAAAGCAAACUUUUCCCUGGACUGCACAUUCACUGAUACCUACGGAGGUGCAAGGACCGUUUCCCGCAAGAGCAGGUUGCUAUGGCUUCUGGCGCUGCCUUUGCCUAGCCUGUACUGUUUCAGGAAGAUUUGGAGAGAACUACUGUUUGCCUUUAUGUGACAUUCUGACUCCUUCUGUAUGUGUAGCCUGUGGGGUUCCUAUGGGUGCCCCCCGCUGCGGCAUUGUCUGUGAGGGCUUCCAUUCGUAACAAACGUAGAAUAGCGGGUUCCCUCUGCGGAGACAUAUUCGCUUCCUGUUUCUGUGUCUGGUGCUCCUGGUGUCAGAUGCACCGCAAGCUAAAGGAGCACAUUCCUGUUGUUAUUGUGAUGCAGCAGCCCAUGACACCGCAUGGUCCAACUGUGGUCAACGUGCAUGCUAAUCUUGUCAUGAUGGUCAAUCCAAAUUCUGCUCCACCUCCUGGUGGUUUUCAAAAUCCUGCUCAAGUUUUCCAAACGCUCCUCAAAGCCCUGCUUGGUUUCAAAGCCCGCCUCGAUAUACUGAAGGGUUUCAAAAGCCUCUUCCUGCUGGUUUUAAUUCCUAGCAAAAUUUAAGUUCCUCAGAUCAGCCAUAAUGAUAUUGGUGUAUAUUGAGAUUAUUUACUUUAUCCAAAAAAAGUCAGUUCACUCUCAAUACCUCAAUGAAAAUCAAGAGUUUUGACUUUUACUUUGAGUUCAUAUCAAUAUUAACAUUAUUAUAAACAUUGUACGACUAUCUCAUCAAUUUGAAAUUAAAAAAAAAGCAUAACUCAAUAACAAAAAUAAUGUAUGUGACUGGACCUUAUUGUUUGUUUCUAAUUGACUCUGUAAUGCAGCCUUAUGCACCCCACAAAAAAUGACCAGAUCAAUUGACUUUUUUCUUAAUCUAGGCUAAACACAUUGUCUUUAAUUACAAUAAACAAAAUCAAUAACAAAUACAUUUAUUUGUUUGUAGCCAUCCAUCCAUUAUCUUCCUCCACUUGGGCCAGCUUUUCCGGGGGAAACCUGGAGGAGUGAGCAUGGUAUAGCAGCCAGCUCAGAAACAUAGUCCAUGCAGUAUGAUUGGGUUUCAUCUGGGUCUCCAACCAGUGGGACAUGCCCGGACCGGAACACCUCACAUUGAAGUGUUCAGCCCUACCACAUGACUGAGCAUCAGACACCCUGCAGAGAAAGCUAAUUUCAGCCUAUUGUGUCCAUGACCUUGUUCUCUUGGUCACUGCCCAAAACUCAUGACUAGAUGGAAAGUAGGAAAGUAGAUUGACCUGUAAAUCAAAAGUUCUCCUUUUGGCUCAGCUCCCUCUCGACAGAUCACAAAGACACACAUAGCUGAAUCUAUCCUCUCUUUCACCAUGUUGAACCCUAUUGUACAGUCACCAAGAUCAACAAGUAUGCCCACUCCUGUACGGUGCCUUUGAGCAGGGUGAAAGAGUGCUCUAUUUCGCAGCAACAGAAUUAGUAUAAUCACUUUAAUCUUUAAUGGCAUGGACUGAAUUUAUGUAGUGUUUUACUAGUAAAAUUUGCCCAAUCUCACACCCAUAUUUUAUACACCAAUACACAGAUCAGUAGGCACAUGUAAAUGUGACAAUGGAAAUCUAAUCAAACCCACCACUUUCAGAUUGCAAGACAACUACUCCACCCACUGAGCCACAGUAGACUGCUUUCAGUCAUAUGUCAACUAGAACGAUAGCAAAGGAGUCUGUUUAAUUUGUGUUCUGAGGUUUUAAAGCGAAAGUUAAGAUUACAAAUCCUGCAAGUCAAAAGGCAAAUGAACUGCAGCAACUGGAUUGAGUAUGCAAAUAUUGCCCGGUCCCUCUAGCAUAUGGGGGACAGAUUAGCAUCUGUCCUCCAUAUGCUUGAGGGACUGUGCAACAUUAGAGUUUGGUAUGGUCAGGGAAUACUACACCUACACAACCAGUAUUCUGUCAACUCGCCACCAAGUGAUAGCAAGACUUUGGAUAACGACAUUUGGACCACAGUCUGUCGGUUUUUCAGUGAGGAUUUAAAAUCUAGGUUCUAUCAUCUGAUGGCAGACCAACCCCUGACUGACUGGGAUAGUGGUCUCUGUGACUGCGGCGAGGAUGCACAAGCUUGUUGCUAUGGUUUCUGGUGCGGGCCAUGCCUUGCCUGCACUGUUUCAGGCAGAUUUGGAGAGAACCGUUGUCUCCCCUUAUGUGAUAUGUGUGUUGAUAAAAUGAUCUCUCCAGCAGCCCUGUCUCUGAGAGUCGCCAUGAGACACAAAUAUGGUAUCAAGGGUUCCCUUUGCGAGGACAUUGCUGUGUCCUGCUGCUGCCCAACGUGUGUCUGGUGUCAGAUGUAUCGCGAGUUAAAAUAUCGCAAAAAGUCCCCCGUCGUCAUCAACAUGCAGGUGCAACCUUAUGUCAACAUGCAGCCUCAUCCAAUGAUGGCAGUUCCUGCUCAGCCUGUUUUCGACAGAUAAGCAGAAAUCAUCCAGGCUUCCUUUCGAUUUUCAUCAUCAUCACAAUAUUUAACAUUAUCACCAACUUUGCGAGAUAUUUUAAGUUUAUGUAUCCUAGUUUGGACUAAAUAAAUAGGUUCAGCAAGAUCUAGAGAAAUUUAUCCAGGCGUUUAUCUUUGGUCGCAUUGAUUACUGCAACAGUGUCUUGACAGAUCUGCCUAAAAAAAUCAUUCUGACAGCUGCAGCUGAUCGAGAACGCUGCUGCUCAUGUUCCCAUUAAAACCAUUAAGAUAGAGCAAAUCACCCAGUCCCUAAAGUCCUUAAACUGGCCCCCUGUAGCUCAGAGAAUAGACUUUAAAAUACUACCAGACCUCUCAGGUCUUCUGUUCAUGGUCUGCUCUGCAUCCCCAGAACUUGAACCAAACAUGGA